UUGAGUUCUUAAAGUCAUAAAGACUCAAGAAAAAUAACAAGGAGUGGCCGAUUUGAGUCUUUUGGACUUGCCCAGAGCUCCACCCUCAGUCGGAGGAAAAGCCCCUGGGACCGAGGCGGGAGCAUCAGACAAGCGCGAGAAAAGCGCCUGUGCGCGCUCCACCUCUGCGCAGCGGGUGCGGGGCGGUGACCUGUCCCUUAAGCUGGCCAUGGCGGCUGCGGGAUCUACGCUCUCCGGGAGCCCUGCCCUGGGCCUGGGACACCUGUUGACCCUCGCGAUCCUUGCAUUUGCCUGUGAUGCCUGUGAAGAAGUCAUCCUCCGGGUCCCCUCUGAGCUACCUGCUGAGAAAUUUGUUGGCAGAGUGAACCUGAAGGACUGCCUUAAAUCAGCAGAUAUAAUUCAUCUGACUGAUCCUGACUUCCAAGUCUUAGACGAUGGCUCUGUGUACACAACUAAUUCUGUUGUUUUGUCCUCGGGACAAAGAAGCUUUACUAUUUGGCUUCUCAACACAGACAGCCAAGAAGAAAGGGAGAUAUCUGUCCAUCUAGAGGGCCCAGUAGAGGUACUAAAUAAAAGACUGCAUACAGAGAAGGUUCUCAGCCGUGCCAAGAGAAGAUGGGCUCCUAUCCCUUGUUCCAUGCUAGAGAAUUCAUUGGGUCCCUUCCCACUCUUCCUUCAACAGAUCCAAUCCGACACAGCUCAAAACUACACCAUAUACUAUUCCAUCAGAGGUCCAGGAGUUGAUAAAGAACCUCUAAACUUAUUUUAUGUGGAAAGAGAUACUGGAAACCUGUACUGCACUGGUCGUGUAGAUCGGGAGCAGUAUGAGUCCUUUGAGCUGACCGCAUUUGCAACUACUCCAGACGGGUAUACACCAGAGUACCCGCUGCCGCUCCUCAUUAAAAUAGAGGAUGAGAACGACAAUUACCCGAUCUUUACGCAGACAGUGUACAGCUUCACAGUUUUGGAAAACAGUCCCAUUGGUUCUCCCGUGGGGGAGGUCUGCGCAACCGACAAGGAUGAGCCGGACACAAUGCACACUCGGCUGAGGUACUCCAUCCUGCAGCAGUCGCCUUCUCCACCCACGUUAUUCACUAUGCAUCCCAGUACGGGCGUGAUCACCACCACGUCGACUCAGCUGGACAGAGAGUUAAUUGACAAGUACCAGUUGAUAAUAAAAGUCCAGGAUAUGGAUGGCCAGUAUUUUGGUUUGCAGACAACAGCGACCUGCAUCAUUACUAUUGGAGAUGCGAAUGACAACCUGCCAACGUUCACUCGAACUACGUACAUGACAUCAGUGGAAGAAAAUACAGUUGAUGUGGAAAUCUUACGUCUUACUGUUCAAGAUAAAGACUUAGUUAACUCACCUAACUGGAGAGCUAAUUACACCAUUUUAAAGGGCAACGAAAAUGGACAUUUUAAGAUCGUAACAGAUCCCAAAACCAAUGAAGGCAUUCUGUGUGUGAUUAAGCCUCUGGACCAUGAAGAACGGCAACAGGUGACCCUGCAAAUUGGCGUAGCUAACGAAGCCCCAUACACUAGAGAGGCUAGUUCGAAGUCACCUGUGAGCACAGCUACAGUGACUGUCACCGUGACAAAUCAGGAUGAGGGCCCUGAGUGUAUCCCUCCAACGCAAACUGUGAGGAUUCGGGAAAAUGCGCCAGUUGGUACUACAAAUGAUGGGUAUAAGGCGUAUGACCCAGAGACCAGAAACAGCAACGGCAUAAGGUACAGGAAGUUAAGUGACCCAAGAGGAUGGGUCACUGUUAAUGAAGAUUCAGGAUCAAUCACCAUUUUCCGAACACUGGAUCGAGAGGCUGAGACUGUCAGAAAUGGCAUCUACAAUAUUACAGUCCUUGCAUUAGAUGCAGAUGGGAGAAGCUGUACUGGAACUCUGGCACUCAUACUUGAAGAUGUGAAUGACAACGGCCCAUUCAUACCCAAGCAGACAGUGGUGAUAUGCAAGGCUACCAUGUCCUCUGCUGAAAUUGUUGCUGUUGAUCCUGAUGAGCCAGUGAAUGGGCCACCAUUUGAUUUCAGUUUGGAGAGUUCUGAUUCGGAAGUCCGGAGGAUGUGGAGGCUGACAAGAAUCAAUGAUACAGCGGCACGCCUUUCCUAUCAGAAUGACCCUUCAUUUGGAUCCUAUUCAGUUCCUAUCCGAGUUACAGACAGGCUUGGUCUGUCCUCAGUGACAUCAUUGACUGUCAUCGUAUGUGACUGCAUUACUGAAAGUGACUGCACACACCGCUCUGGAGAAAGGACUGGCUAUGCUGAAGUGAGACUUGGACCAUGGGCUAUCCUUGCUAUACUGUUGGGCAUAGCCUUGCUAUUUUGUAUCCUGUUCACUUUAGUCUGUAGUGUUUCCCGAGCAUCAAAACAACAGAAAAUUCUUCCCGAUGACUUAGCCCAGCAGAAUCUAAUUGUAUCAAACACUGAGGCUCCUGGAGAUGACAAAGUUUAUUCCACCAAUGGCUUCACGACUCAAACUGUGGGAGCUUCUGGGCAGACAGCUUUCACCACCAUGGGAACUGGAGUUAAAAGUGGAGGGCAAGAGACCAUUGAGAUGGUAAAAGGAGGACAGCAGCAGACUCUGGACUCCCGCAGAGGGGCUGGCUAUCACCACCACACCCUGGAUCCUUGCAGGGGAGGCCAUGUGGAGGUGGACAACUACAGAUACACUUACUCGGAGUGGCACAAUUUCACUCAGCCCCGGCUUGGUGAGAAGGUGCAGUUUUGUCAUGAAGAUGACAACCAGAAGCUUGCUCAAGACUACGUUCUCACAUACAACUACGAGGGAAAAGGCUCGGCUGCUGGCUCAGUGGGUUGCUGUAGUGACCUACAGGAUGAAGAUGGACUUGAGUUUUUGGAUCAUCUAGAGCCCAAAUUUAGGACAUUAGCAGAAGUAUGUGCAAAGAGGUGAACCACUUCUAAUAGGGUAGCAAAAACUAAUGGAUUCACCGCCUUGUCCUUCCCGCUUUUAACUGUAAACCAGGAGUUUUCAAAAACAGAAGAUGUUCUAUUUGGGGCUCCCUCCCCCACUUCGGUCUGCAGACUCUCCAUGCAAAUGCCCAUUUACAGAGAAACUUUGUGUAUUAGUACUUGAGAACCAUUGUGCACCGGUUUCAAUUACUUCUCUUCUACCAGGUAUCAUCUCAGAUGGAAACUUAAGGAAAUUUGCAUUACUGUUUACAUUGGGUAUAAUGACAACAGCCAACUUAUAGUGCCAUAAAAUUGAAUGGAUUUGAGUCUAUUUAUAGACUAUUGAGUAUAAUCCAAUUGGAGACUGUAGAUACCAUUAUCUCCAGUUAAUGGAUUCACUGUUUGUUCACAUGGUGCUUGGAAACAGUUGUUUUCCUCAAUAUUCUAAACUGUAUCUCCUGUGCCUUGCUUUUGGUAUAUUCUUGUAACAUGGCCUGGCUUCAUAGUACACAGGUAGAGUAGCAGGCAGCCCUUGGGUUUGUCUGAAGCUCAGGCCAGUGGGCUUUGCCUUUAGCUUCUAUUCUAUGAAAAUCCUGCACUGACUCUCAAUCUCUUUUGUACCCACUUUGUCAGUUAAAUUUAGAUUUCAAAACUUCUUUAUAAUGUAUUCUGGUUUUCCUCCCAAAAGUAUUUGCCUGUGAAUACCAAAUGGUGUACACUGCCAUCCUCUCUUCAUUUUUAAAUUUUCUUUUUCCUUUUCUCUCCUGUUUGACUUUGAAAUGUCUACUUGGGUUGAAGAAUCCAAGAUAUUCCUAAAAUUGUAUCUUCUCAUAAAAUAUGGCAUGCAUAUGCACACCAUGUUGGUUUUCUUAAGCUCAAUCCAAACAUUAUUGUUUUACAUUUUUCAGUAAUUGCUUCACUUUUGUCUUUAGUGAAGAACUUUUACUUUUUCCGAUGAAACUAUAGGACUCUUUCAUGAUCUUUUAGAAGCAACAUUCUUUGUAACAGAAGCAAGAGUAUAAUUGGAAGUAGGUUCUGAUAAUCUAUUGUAGAAUAGCACAGUUAGUUUCUGUCCUUAAUUCAAGGACACGGGAAGUGGGAAGUAGUGACAGAGUUUAAGCAUCUCAGAAUGAUAAUCUCAGACAGUCUCUAGGAUGAUGACUUCACUAACGUUUCAGAUGAUAUGGCUAGUCACAAUUACAUGGCUGUAAAAUUAUUUUUAGAAACAGUCUUUUAGUAAUUAUAGCUAUUUUAUGAGAUACAGAAAUGUGGCAAACAAUUUAAUUUUUUUUUUUUUAGGAACUUACACACAGGCACCCUUCAUAGCCAGUGACAUUCUAGAUCACAGGUCUCAGUCCCUUCUGUCUGCGAGCUCAGCACUUACCCUAGAUGGAAUAGAUAUUCUAGGAUGGAUAUUCUAGAUGCAGUUCUGAUGCAUGUGAUUGUUCGCUGUGUGUCCGUCCCGAAUUCACCAAGUUGGCUUAAAACAAUUGUUUCCAGAACAAACAUUGGGAAAAAUUUUGAACACUAUGUAUGCAGUGGGGUCAUUAUUUUUGAGUCAAAAAUA